AGCUGUCAUACCUAAAAUAAAAUAAACGCGAGCGAGGAAAAACUUCUACAAAAUUUGUUUAAUUAUUAAACAUGGCGAGCUAUAUUGCUAGGAAAGGACCAAUGGUAUUCUCCAAUCUCGGCAAAUGGGCCUACAAUAUGUCUGGAUUUAACCAAUAUGGUCUGCACCGCGACGACUGUCUGGAUGAGAACGCAGAUGUCAAGGAAGCAAUUCGCCGUUUGCCACGCAAAUUGUAUGAUGAGCGCAAUUAUCGCGUUAUGCGUGCUCUACACUUGUCCAUGACCAAGACAAUAUUGCCCAAGGAGCAGUGGACAAAGUAUGAGGAUGAUGUCAAAUACUUAGAACCCUAUCUGAACGAGGUGAUUAAGGAGCGCGAGGAGCGUGAGGAUUGGAACAAAAAUCAUUAAAUUAACUCUGUUCCUCUCGCUCACACAGUCCGGACUUGUAAAUUGUUUGAAAAUACACAAA